CAGGCUUCGUGGCGUUUUUGUACAUUAAUUUUGACGUUAAUAAGGAAUUGUUCUAAAAUCAGGUAUUCCAGACGAAUAGCUCACGUUUAAUUCAACAAACCGGCAUGUUUUUAAAGGAAAACGCGAAGCAGCUAACCGGGGUUGAGCAGUUUUGCUAACGUGACCCCCCCAAAAAAAUUAACAUGAGCGUAAUGGUGGAGAUGGCCUCUUCAGAGUGGCAGCUGUCUUUGAAGCUGGUGGAUCAGCCCAAAUCCACCUUCCACUUCCCAGAGAUGAUGCCAGGGGAUGUCUCACCUGGAGGAUACAGAGUGGCUACUUUGAAACAGCUCGUUGCAGCACAGUUUCCAGACUCCAUCCCAGACCCUGAGCUCAUAGAGCUGGUCCACUGUGGGCGGAAACUUAAGGAUGAACUAACACUGGACGCCAGCGGGAUUCAACCGGGAUCCACAGUGCACAUCCUCAAAAAGACCUGGCCAGAGCCAGAGAGCAGUCCAGAGCCUGUGAACAGAGCAACUGCAGCCAGGGAGUUCAGGGUGUUUCAUGCUGCUCUUCACUCUCUCAACUCGGCCUACAGAGACUCAGUCUAUAAAAUGCUGACAAAUAAAGAGUCUCUGGAUCAGAUCAUCGUGGCGACACCAGGGCUCAGGUCCGACCCAGUUGCCCUCGGGGUGCUUCAAGACAAAGACCUCUUCGUGCAGUUCACAGACCCCAACAUGCUGGAUGUAUUGAUCAGUUCACACCCAGCCCUCGUCAACGCCAUCAUCUUGGUCCUGCACUCUGUGGCAGGCAGCAUGCCCGCGCAGUCCAGCGCCAGCUCCUCUCGCAACGUCUCUGCCAGUUCUUACAGCGAUAUGCCUGGAGGCUUCAUGUUUGAAGGCAUGUCCGACGACGAGGAAGACUUCCAGUCGGGGAGCCCAGCGGGUCCCUCCAGCAGAGCAGGAGGCUCAGUAGGAAUGCGUCCAGUGUCUCUGAGUCACAGUGGCGCGACGGGCCCUCGACCAAUAACGCAGAGCGAGCUGGCGACAGCUUUGGCCCUCGCCAGCACACCUGACAGCAGCGCGGUCACUCCAACAACGUCAAGCCAGGCGGACCCCUCCAGUAGUGUAGCCCCCAUGCCAGCAGGGACCCCAGUCAGUAACGAUCUCUUCAGUCAGGCUCUGCAGCAAGCUCUGCAAGCCUCCAACAUGUCCGCUCUACAGGGCCGCUGGCAGUCCCAGAUGCAGCAGCUCAGGGACAUGGGGAUCCAGGAUGAGGAGCUGAUGCUGAGGGCGCUGCAGGCCACAGAUGGUGACAUCCAGGCUGCCCUGGAGCUCAUAUUUGCUGGAGGCCCAGGGCUCUGAGCUCCUACCCCAUGGACAAAAAAGCUUUUCAUAGAGGAGGAAGAGGCUUGUCAUGCUGCCAAGGAAUGAUAAAAGAUGGCUGUAGACACACAACAUAUAGUUUUUAUUUAACCUAUGUACAACAUUUACAUACAGUUCGUUUCAACUGAGCUGUCAUGACAGCCUUUUUCUUAUGGAUGUUACUAGACUUCAGUUUUAAAAUAAAUGUAAUUAUGCUGACCUCAUCAA